AUGGUCGCCACCACGAUAUCACCGGAGGCGCCAGUCAAUGGCGUUGCCCCCGCGAAAGCCAAUGGCGUCGUCGUCGUGACAGAGUUAAAGCAGCACCACCACCAUCACCACACUCCCCUCGUCAGCACGGAGCAAGAAACCAUCCAGGCGCCACUACCAAACCCUUCGCUGGUGGUCACGGCCGAUCACCAGCUCAAGGCAGAGGAAGCACCCGUUCUCGCACCAAAGGCGGGAGAGGCAUUGGUCCACGUCAAGGCUACUGGCGUGUGCGGAUCCGACAUCCACUUCUGGAAGACGGGCCGCAUCGGAACGCUUGUGUUCGAAGGAGAUUGCAUCAUCGGCCACGAGGCAGCCGGGGUCGUCAUCCGCGUCGGCGAGGGCGUCAAGAACCUGGAGGCGGGCGACCGCGUCGCGAUCGAGCCAGGCGUGCCCUGCGGCGACUGCUUUCUCUGCGUUGACGGACGCUACAACCUCUGCGAAGAUGUUCAGUUCUCUGGAGUUUACCCAUACCACGGCACGAUUCAGCGGUACAAGUGCCACCCGGCCAAGUGGCUUCACAAACUUCCCGACAACAUCUCCUACGCCGAAGGCGCCCUCCUCGAACCCCUGAGCGUCGGCAUGCACGGCAUCCGCACCGCAGGCCUCUCCCUCGGCGUCGGCGCCGUCGUAUGCGGUGCAGGCCCCAUCGGCCUCGUCACUCUCGCCGCGGCGCGAGCCUCGGGCGCUCACCCGCUCGUCAUCACCGAUAUCGAGCCCUCCCGUCUCGCCUUCGCCAAGACGUUGGUCCCUAGCGUCAUCACGUACAAGAUUGACCCGGCGCUCGGCAAUGAGGGCAACGGCAAGGCUAUACGCAAGUUGUUCGGCGACGACGAGUAUAGCGCGCCCAGGACGGUGCUUGAGUGCACGGGUGUCGAGAGCAGUAUCUGCACUGCCGCUUUCACUGUUCGUCGCGGUGGUACCGUUAUGGUUAUUGGUGUUGGAAGAGAGAUAAUGAAUAACUUGCCGUUCAUGCAUAUUUCUCUUGCAGAGAUCAAGCUCGAGUUCAUCAACAGAUACCGCGAUACGUGGCCCGCGGGCAUCGCCUGUCUGAGCAGUGGCAUUCUUGACCUCAAGAGCCUAAUCUCUCACACUUUCCCUCUCGAGAAGGCCGUCGACGCCCUUACGCUCGCGUCCGACUACAGAAACGGCAGCAUCAAAGUUCAGAUCGUAGAUGAGACUGACUCGCCCAUCUUCUGA